CAGAUGCAGUCCUCUGUUGCAGUUAGAAAUCUGUAUUAUCUAGAGAGUCUGAUAAACGUCGCACACAGUUUUGUAGAGUGUAUUGGGUGAGAAGGAGAAGAUUUUUCUUUGAAAAUGACGUCUCUGUUACGGAAUUGUCUGAAACUCUCUCGAAAUUUACCUGUCGCAACACCCAAAUGUUAUCCAAAAUUUCUUCCAUCGUUGAGAACCAAUACAACAGCCGAAAAGCCAGAAACGCAGCCGUCAAUACGUAAACCUAGCAAUGUGGAUGUAGAAAGUUUGAGGGAAUUUGGUCAAUACGUUGCUGAAUGCUUACCGAAAUAUGUACAGAAGUUACAAAUUAUGAGCCGUGAUGAGCUUGAGAUAUUAAUUGCUCCCGACGGUAUUGUUCCAGUAAUAUCGUUUUUGAGAUAUCAUCACAAUGCCCAAUUUUCUAAUUUGUCUGAUAUUACUGCAAUUGAUGUACCUAGUCGCAAAUAUAGAUUCGAGAUUGUCUAUAACAUUCUGUCAUUAAGACAUAAUUCACGCAUUAGGGUAAAAACAUACACAGAUGAAUUAACACCUAUAGAUUCAAUCGAAUGUGUACAUGAUUCUGCUAAUUGGUAUGAGCGGGAAGUAUGGGACAUGUAUGGUGUUAUUUUUUCAAAUAAUACAGAUCUUCGUAGAAUUCUUACAGACUAUGGAUUUGAAGGACAUCCAUUAAGAAAAGAUUUCCCACUCUCUGGUUAUGUAGAGGUACGCUAUGAUGAUGAAAAGAAAAGAGUAGUAUGUGAACCACUGGAAUUGACCCAGGAAUUCCGUAAAUUUGAAUUGUCUGCUCCUUGGGAACAAUUCCCCAAUUUCCGGCACGCUGAAGAAGAAACUAAUGCAGAACUACCUAAACAGGAACUGGAAAAGAAAUAAUUUAUCCCGCUAAUAGUAUAAAAAAAUAAACUCACUAAUUGUAAAUUUUACUCAUAGAAAUCAUAAAAACGUUGUGAAGGGGUUGCUUUACUAUCUACUUAGCAAUUAAAAACGAUAUUAUGGAGCCCCUUCAAUAAAAUAAAUACAAAUCACAAUUUA